GGAUUUUGAAGAAACCUAUUCGAUUCAAAAUUUUUUUUCAUAUAAAGAAAAAUUAAGUCGAGCAAUUCCUUCAGUAGAUUUUUAUCAACUCAAAGGAUACUAUCUAAGCUUCGAUUUUCAGCACGAUUCUGGCUUAUCACAUUUGCUAUUUUUCCUUAAAGAAGGUGUCAAAAAGUUCGUUGAGGAAUUUAAUAACAUUCCUAAAGAUCUGAUAGUUGAUUAG